AUGCCGCAUUCCAUUGGCAUCCAGCCAAGUCCAAGUUCCACAAUACCCUCGGAUCAAACCUCAAUGGCUGCCACAAUGUCUUCAUCCUACGAUUCCAACACUUCCACCAACUCGAAAAUGAGCGACCCAGUCAAGAGCUACAACAAGUUGCGUCGACAAGGUUCACGAAGCUCCGUUGCUGCUGGAAAGCGUAAACUGGAUGAAACGAAUACCUCGAAUUGGAUCCAUCACAAGAAACAUUUCUUUAUCUUGAGCAGUGCUGGUAAACCUAUAUGGACAAGAUAUGGCGAUGAAUCACGGAUAUCUUCAUUGAUGGGUGUUAUACAAGCCAUCAUUUCUUUUUUCCAAGAUGGAGAUGAUGCUAUCAAAUCAAUGAAUGCGGGUCAACACAAGUUCGUCUUUUUACAUCGGGAUCCACUUUAUUACGUAGCCGUAUCGAAAACAGGAGAAUCAGAUGUUCAGUUGCGAGAUCAACUUUUAUAUCUACACAACCAAAUCCUAAGCGUGUUAACUGGUGCUCAGCUCACUCGGAUCUUUGAACAGCGUGUAAACUUUGAUCUUCGUCGUUUGCUUGCUGGCACAGAAGUAUUCCUGGAUAGCCUGUCAACUCUCUUCAACAAGGACCAUAGCUUCAUGCUUAGUGCUCUACAAUGUCUUCGAUUAAGCAGGCGUGUACGAGAUCAAACGGGUGCUAUAUUAUCGGGUCGCAAAAUUAAGGGACUAUUGUACGCAAUGAUUGUAGCAAAGGGACGACUUGUGACUUUGUUGAGACCAAGAAGGCACAGCCUACAUCCAUCAGAUUUGCACCUCUUAUUCAACAUGCUGACCGGCUCCACUACAUUUCAUACGGCUGAAUCAUGGACACCGCUUUGUUUGCCAAAAUUCAAUUCAAAAGGUUUCCUUCAUGCAUAUAUAUGUUACAUUGCCAAGGAUAUAUCCACUGUGAUGAUCAGUACUGAUAAGGAUCGAUUCUUUGACUUGAGCGAAUGGAAGAGCAACAUUGUCGAGUCGCUGCAAAAAGAGAACACACUGCAAAGCAUCAUCAAUGCAUCAGAGUACAGUUACAAAAUAGAGAGCAUUGGGGCACCGGGGCUAGCUCACUUUUUGUACAAGAGCAAAAUCCAUGUCCAAUUCACAUGUCCUGAAUACAGUGAUCCGUAUACAAAUGACGUACACCAAAAGCGAUUGUUUCGACUGUAUCAUUAUGUGUAUGAUCGAAUGCACUGCCGAGCACGGCCCUUGAAGCUUUAUUACCAUGAAAGUGAUCAAGAAAUCAUUCUCGGAUGGAUCACAUCCUCAUUUGAGCUAUACGUGGUAUUCAAACCAGGCACAUCCAAACAAACUAUCAUCUCGAGCUCCAACUACCUCUUAAGAUGGAUCAGGCGGAAUGAAGAAAGCUUGUUUAUAGUAGAUUCCCCAGUAUUUUGA